AUGGUGGAGUUGCGGCGCGCGAUGGCGGGAGUUGGCGGAAGGGGCCUGCUGCAGGAUCCGGCGCCCGCGGAGGAGCCGGCGCGGCUUGGCAUGGUGACGCUGAUCGAGCCCAAGGGGCAGCUCGCCACGGACCUGGACAUCCUGUGGCUGCUGUUUGGCGCCUACCUCGUCUUCUUCAUGCAGUGCGGGUUCGCGGUGCUGGAGGCCGGCAGCGUGCGGGCCAAGAACACGAAGAACAUCCUGCUGAAGAACGUGCUGGACGCCUGCCUCGGCGCCCUGGUCUGGUACGGUUGGGGCUACUCCUUCGCUUACGGCGAGGGUGGAAAGCACCCGAACGAGUUCAUCGGCGGAACGAAUUUCUUCAUGAGCAACAGCAACGACGUGUCACCCGACCCUGAGUUGAGAGAACGGGGCCUCAACAACGCCAACGAAUACUUCGCCCUCUGGCUCUUCCAAUGGGCAUUUGCUGCGACUGCAGCCACCAUUGUGUCAGGGGCCGUCGCUGAGCGGUGCCAGUUCAGGGCAUACCUGACCUACACCUUUGUCAUCACAGGUCUUAUUUACCCUGUGGUGGUGCACUGGGCAUGGUCGUCUGAGGGUUGGCUGUCUGCCUUCAGGGACGUGAACCACGACGGCGAGCACGAGAUCGUCUUCGAGAAGUCCGUGGGUCUGAUCGACUUCGCGGGCAGCGGCGUGGUGCACAUGACAGGCGGCGGCGCGGCCCUGAUGGCCGCCAUCAUCCUGGGGCCGCGCUACGGGCGCUUCGCCGCCGACGGCAGUGUGAUCGACCUGCCCGGCAGCUCCAUCGCCUUUACCACCCUGGGCGUCCUCAUCCUCUGGUUCGGCUGGUACGGGUUCAAUCCCGUGUCCACGCUGGCGUUCUACGGGUCGAUGUACGUGGCGUCCAAGGCGGCGGUGACGACGACACUGGCCGCCGCGGCGGGUGGCGUGACGGUGCUGGUGGUGCACGUGGCGUUCCACAACCAGCCGGACGUGGCGCCGGCGCUGAACGGCAUCUUGGCUGGCCUGGUGUCCAUCACUGCCGGCUGCUCAGUUGUGGAACCCUAUGGCUCAGUAUGCAUCGGCAUUGUGGGAGGAAUCGUUUACUACUUUUCGUCCUGGGGCCUCAAGAAGCUGCAGAUCGAUGACCCUCUGGACGCCUCUCCUGUGCACUUCUUUAGUGGGAUGUGGGGUGUCCUCUCCGUGGGAUUCUUCGCCACUCCAGUCAACCUCGAGAAUGCAUAUGGCAGCACGACUGACGUCGGCAUCUUCUAUGGGGGCGAAGGCCACCAGCUGGGUGUCCAGCUCCUGGGAGCAACAGCGAUCGGCGUCUGGACGUGUGGCAUAAGCUUUGUACUGUUCAUGGUGCUGCGUAUGACGGGCAGCCUGAGGGUCGCCCAGGAGGACGAGAUCACAGGCCUGGACAUGUCCCACCAUGGCGGCACGGGUUACGGCAUUGGCAAAGUUGGUGGUGUCAACCCCAACUCCAUCACAAGGAGCAAUGGGGUGGGCACUGGCACGGGGUGA